GCUUCUUGGUCUGGAGCCAGCGGGGAGGUGCUGGGAACAAGCUGGGUGCCGAGGAGGGGAGGAGUUGGCCGGAGCUCUGCACUCAAGAUCAGGCCCCCAAACUGGUGGGUGGAGGGGAAAAAGGAGCAUUUCGGCCCGGCCUCGGAGCGAGCUGCACUUGAGUCUUGGAAACUUGGUGUCUGGGCGAUGUGUCUGGGUGUGCGCAGCGCUUCCGGAGAUUUAGAACUGCCCCCGGGUCCUGGCAUCUACAGUCUCUGCUGCCUUGGUGGACCAAUGCAUCGCUCCAGGCCAGAGUGGGGCCUACAAACACAACUCUCUUGACGUGAGUGUCCUCCACCUGAUGACAAGAUCGAAGAUGUGGUCCAGCUAACUACACAAGGUUAGGGGCUGGACAGUUUGUUGGGAGGGGAAGGAGCUCCCAGAGCCCCUCCCUCCCUCUCCUCCAAUCAAUCCCCAUGGAAAAAGGAUAUUCUUGGCCCCAGGAUACUCGGGACCUUCUACACAGCCUGAGAAUGAGGAGCAAAUAUGCUCUUUUCCUGCUGUUUGUCGUCAUCGUUUUUGUCUUCAUUGAGAAAGAAAAUAAAAUCAUAUCAAGGGUCUCUGACAAGCUGAAGCAAAUCCCACAAUCCCUAAUGGAUGCCAACGGCACCGACCCAGCCCUGAUCCUAUCAGAGAAUGCAUCCCUCCUGUCCCUGAGUGAAUUGGAUUCUUCCUUCUCCCAGCUCCAACAGCGGCUCCGGAACAUCACCCUGCAGCUGGGUGGAGAGCCCGAGGAGCUGCCCCUGGGCCCUCGCCGACACGUUCUUCUGAUGGCCACCACCAGGACUGGCUCCUCCUUCGUGGGGGAGUUCUUUAACCAGCAAGGUAACAUCUUCUACCUCUUCGAGCCUCUGUGGCAUAUCGAACGGACAGUGACCUUUGAACCUGGGGGAGCCAACGCUGCCGGCUCUGCCCUGGUGUACCGGGAUGUGCUGAAGCAGCUGUUCCUAUGUGACCUCUACAUCCUGGAACACUUCAUCACCCCACUUCCCGAGGACCACUUGACUCAGUUCAUGUUCCGGAGAGGGUCCAGCCGCUCGCUCUGCGAGGAGCCUGUCUGUACACCCUUCGUCAAGAAGGUCUUUGAGAAGUACCAUUGUAAGAACCGCCGCUGCGGCCCCCUCAACUUGACGUUGGCCAUGGAUGCCUGCCAGCGCAAAGAGCACAUGGCCCUCAAAGCUGUGCGCAUCCGACAGCUGGAGUUCCUUCGCCCCCUGGUAGAAGACCCCCGCCUGGACAUGCGGAUCAUCCAGCUGGUCCGGGACCCCCGGGCCGUGCAGGCAUCCCGCAUGGUGGCCUUCUCUGGCAAGUAUGAGACCUGGAAGAAAUGGGUGGCGGAAGGAGAGGCCCGACUGCGGGAGGACGAGGUCCAGAGGCUCCGGGGGAACUGUGAGAGCAUCCGCCUGUCGGCUGAGCUGGGCCUGAGCCAGCCCUCCUGGCUGCGGGGCCGCUACAUGUUGGUCCGCUAUGAGGACGUGGCCCGCCUGCCUCUGCAGAAGGCCCGGGAGAUGUACCGCUUUGCGGGGAUCACCCUGACCCCGCAGGUGGAGGAUUGGAUCCGUAAGAACACCCAAGCCCCGCGGGACAGCAACGGCAUCUACUCCACCCAGAAGAACUCCUCAGAGCAGUUUGACAAGUGGCGCUUCAGCAUCCCCUUCAAACUGGCGCAGGUGGUCCAGGGGGCCUGUGGCCCUGCCAUGCGACUCUUUGGCUACAAGCUGGCGCCAGACCCGGCCACCCUCACCAAUCGCUCCAUCAGUCUCCUGGAGGACCGUGGCACCUUCUGGGUGACGUAAUGGCAGAAGGGGCACUGGGCCCUUAACCACGAUCCCCGCCCUCACCCCCCUGACCUCCUACUGAUGUCAGCUGCCAAACAAAUGCAACAGAUAAGUCAGGGCAAUGACCCAGAGCCCGAAGAGGGCGGGCACCUGGUGGCAAGGGUCACCCAGUAAGAAGUUAAAUGAGCCAGGCACGUCCUUCUUGCUAGAGAAGUAGGCCUUAUCCCCCCUCCACUCCGGCCCCCAUUUCUCUCUCUCCUCUUUAUCCUUUUGUCCCCAGGAUUUCCUAGAACAGAGAGAGACCAGGGCAGGUUCCUGACCUGCUUCUGGGACUUUCAAAGCUCCAUCUGACAAGGAUGAAUUCUCCCCAGGAGGCUCGAAGCCAGACAGGGCCUGUUGAUGUCCCGACUUCAUUUUCACCCACUGACAGCUCGCUCUGCUUCCAGCCCCUUUCUCCCCUUCUUCAGACAAGUGCCUCCCUGGCCCUGCGGGGUCCAUCUGUCCUUGAUUGUAAUUGUUGGGGGAGGUGGGCCUGGAGGGGAGAGUCACGGCCCCAGUACCAGGGGCCUGCCUGGGAUGAUAAGCCUGACUAGAGAGGCUCAUUUCAAAUGGCAAACUCCCAGUCCCAAGUGAGGCCCUGCCUGCUCCUGCUCCUUGCUACCUCCUUUUAUCUCUGCUUCCUCACUUUUGUGGUCCAUGGGCUGCUUUAAGCUGGCUUUUGACCCACCCUCAUAACAUCUUAUUUAUGAAGACCCCAGCCCCCAGGGGCCCUGUCCAAAGUCAUUGGGCUCCAGAGAGUCAGCCUCUUGCUCCUCCAGGGCUACCCAGGCCUCCUUAUGGAAGGCAUGAUCAAAGCUUGGCCUAGGGGGAUGCAUAAAGGCCUCCUUUGGUUGUCUGGCUGGCGGGGUGGAGGGGAUUUGGAACAGCGCCUGGAGAAGGUAUGAAGAAUAUGCAGGGGAGAAGGGGGAACGGGACAACCCCAAACCCCCAGACCCUUCUCUAGAAGACACUGGUUCUCUUCCUGCCCCUUCUUCAGCCCACAGAUUAGCCAUCAAGCUGACAGGCUGUCCACCCUUUUCCACGUCUGGAAGCUCCCCUCCCCUCCCCACCUCCUUGGGGUUUCUUCUCGGCUUGGGGCUUAAACGUUAUUUAUGGUUUGGUUCCUCCCUUUGUUAUUGUUCUCCCAGUAUAAAGUAUUGGUUGGAGGUUGGUAGAGAAGACACUUGGGGCCUUGAGGGAGACUUGAGGGAGACUUGGAGGAGCCAAAGGCUGGGGUUUCCCCUUAACCCAGGGAGCAGAAGCCAUUGCUACAGGGGGGUCCCCAGAAGCAGAGUGAGGCAGCUGGAGUCAAUUUGAGUCUGCUCAGCUCUCUCUCCCCUCCCGCCCCCAGCCCUGCUUUUCAGGAGACAGUCUUCAUUACCCCCUUUGUCUUCCAGGGCUGGGAGUGCUUCCCCAUCUCCUUUGAGGGGCACCCCGGCCUCAGGAUGUCGUCUCCAUGUGCAUGUUUUGCUUCUAAAGACAAUGUCCAGUGACAAGCUGCCCCUCUCCCCUCCAGGGCCAAGGCCUGGAAAUUAACACACAAAAAUGCGGUUGUUCCAUAUAGUUCAUUCAUUCUACCAGCAUUUCUUAAAGUGCCUUCAAGUUACCAAAGCUCUGUACCAGGGACUUGGCAUCCAAAGACACACACACAAAAAUAGUGCCUGUCUUCCGGGAGCUUACAUUCUCCUGGGCAAUUCAGCACAUACAAGUGAGAGUUUGUCAUCCCAGGCCAGCUUAUUUGGUGAAAGAAGGGUGACAUUCUAUUGGGGGCUGGUCCUAGCUCAGGGGAACAGGGAAGAAACAUUCCUAAAGGCAAUCAAGAUGCAGAGCGUUCAGAACAGUGAUGGAUUCAUCCUUGUUUGGGGGCUAUUUCAGUUGGUGGGAGCUGUCAUCAUGCAUGGAUGUCUCUCCGUUCUUGAUUUCCUAGUCCAUGUAUGGGCAGUGCAGAACUGUGGCUCUAAUGGCCUCCCCUGGUAGAGAGAGCUUCAGUUUGAACAAACCGGACUAAGACUCAAAGACCCAGUAACACUGUCUGGGAGCCUCUUCCCACCUCAGGAUGUGGUGUUGCUGAAGAUGUUUCUGGCAGGUCCAGAAAUGUUUCUUUCUAAUGAGGAGACUACUUUCCCCUUCCUUCCUCUCCCCACCCCUCCUGUACCUCUUGGCUUCCCAGAGUGGGAAGCUACCAGCUCGGGCCAGCACCAUGCUAACAGGAACCGAGGGGUGAUUGGGGUGGGGGGGGCUGUUUUACCUCCACUCCCAGUGUUGCUUUCUGCGGGGCUGGUCUUGCACAUGCUGCAGGCUCCCUGCUCCCUACACUGCCUUCCCCCUCCUGCCACCAGAGAUUUCUGGAGAAGUCUAAUGAGGAUGAACUUGGGAGGGGAGGGUUUCCUGUCUUUGGAGUAUUGUUCACUGCAAAUUGAAUUAAUUUAUUUAUUUUG